AUGACGCUUUCCUCUGACGAAGCUAGCUUCCCGUUGACCAGCCCAACUACUUUGAGAAGCCUGCAAUUUUCCAAGGUUCAUGCUCCGCUUACUCCAAGGGAAUGCGUACAAGAAGCGCUUAAGGUGAUUAUGAGAGAGCUCACUAAACUUCAUAAUGAGCAUGGAUUGGACUUCUUAUUGGCCACUCAAGCCAAAGGCGAAGAGAAUCUUAAAGUUCUGCAUUCCAAGCUAGUUAAUGGGAACCAGAGACAGCAGAUAAUUGAAGUGAUCCGGGAUGAGCAUGCUUUUACAGCAUUGACGCCAACUCCAGGGUCAAAUGAAGCGCAUGAAGACGAUUGUGGUUCAUAUAAAAUGGUUCCGGUUUUCAAUGAUACCAAAGAUAUUGUGAUCUCCAGAGGUAAAAACGGACAGAAAAAGUUACACCAACACCUCUAUGAUUUGUUCACUUCGCUUUCACAAACAAAUUGCAAGUCAAUUGCUAAAGAAUGGAUCAAAGCGGUGGAACCAAAAAAACAGGCUUCGUAUCCGUAUAAGUUAGGGAAUUCCUCCAAGCCGGUAUGGUGGCCCCAAGAUGUCGAGCAUCUUGAGCCCGACCACUUGAAUAAGGAAAAACGAACCGCGUUGCUUAUCCUGUUGGCAAUGAAUCCCAACUUAGACCUUGAUCGGUUUAAAGAAAGGACUGAUUUUCUGUUAUCCCAAAAACCAUUUCUCCUCAAAAGAAUAGUUGAUGAGAUAUAUUAUUUUGCUUUUUAUUCAAGACUAUUCUACGGUGCUGGCGAGAAGGAAAAAGAAAAUUAUUAUAAGUACUUAUGUUCCAAGGUCUCACUCCACGAAUUGCACCUUUUGCAUGGACCUUCUAUUAAACUUAUUGGUAGUAACUUUUCUUCGAGCGGGAGAUUCACUUUGGUGAAUUCUGAAAUCGAUACUGACUCCAUUAAUAAAACCGCUUUCCUGUUAGUAUCAGGUUCUUCAAAGUGUAAAAAACCCAUCAAAAAGGACUUGAAAAGAAAACUCUGCGAUUUUGUACAGGUUGAAAAGAUUAACGAAGCAUACUACGAACAAAGGGAAGAUAGCGAAGACGAAUAUGUUCCUUUUUCUAAAAGACAAAAGCAAAUUCGGUAUGACGACUACAGCUCCGAUUCGGUAAUAGUCAGUGAUGAUGAAAAGCUCCUGAGUCCUCUUUGUGAGUACUCCCAGGAUUUUUCAAGUUAUCUCAACUACAAAAUUGGUUCAUCGGACUCUGCUGCAUUCUUUUCUGAUGAUCCCUCGGACGAGAUGGAUGACUUUGAGGAAGAGUUCGACAUCACAAGUAAACCUACGCAGGGAUUGACCUUAUAA